AUGGCAGAGGACGUGCUGAGUUCAUCGUCCGACCUCGGCCACAGCGGCUACACGGCCAAAGAGCUACAGGACAAGAAGCAGAAAAUACGGCUCGAGUAUGUGAAGAAGCGGAAUCCAGUGCUCGAAGCGUUGAACGGUCUCUUCAAUGCUGGUCAUUGCGGCGCUUUCCUCCACAAGAUUAUACUGCACGGAGAGCACCACGUUCAAGGGGAUCCAAAGUCAGCAUAUGGGCGUGGCACCCCUGAAAAUAUAUAUAAAACGCCACUUCAGAGGAAGAAUAGAAGAGGCAGACAAGCCCGCCCUGGCAUGGCCAUGCCAUCGGAGACAUGGCAGUCCCUACAUAGGAGCGUCAUGCAUCAUCUAAGAAGGAUUGAACUCCGAUAUGUGCCGAGAGAAGGUGCUGCAGAAUUCGACAGGAUGAGGAGCCUUUCACCCUUGACAACAUUCGCGAGUUAUUCGAUCCUACAAGCAAAAGGCAUGUUCGUGCUGCUGCCAACAAUUUCAGCUGGAUCAUUUGCUGAAAAGAUUCUUGAUCACUGGCCAUACUCAAGAAAACCCAAGAAGAUGACCGUUGUCAAGAAGGCUUCCGAUCAGAAGGCCACCGCCAGAAAGAAGAGUGGCCCCGCUAUCGACCCGCCCAAGGAUAACAUGACAACACAUCUCAUGACGGCGACCUGGUUUGAUACUUGGAUGGCUUACGCUAAUCAACAUUUCCACGAUACUUCCGCCAUCGACGUACUAGAGUUAGAUGGCUCCACAACGCAUAAUGCCUCAAUCAAGUUUGCCUGA